AUGUUUUAUACCGGUGGGCCUCCAUUUCACUUUGCAAGGAACCCAAAUUAUCGUAGUUCCUAUGCAUAUGCUGCUACCCAUAAUAUUCUGAGUCAUGUUCCUCCUGGAUACAAUGCCUUGAGAACAACACUUUUGCAAAAAGAAAGAGCUAAUGUUGAAAGACUUUUUAAACCAAUUAAGGACUCUUGGCUUGCAAAUGGUGUGAGUGUAGUUUUUGAUGGAUGGGCAGAUCCACAAAAGAGGCCUCUUAUUAAUAUUAUGGCAGCAUCAGAUGGGGGUCCAGUGUUUAUAAAGGCAAUUGAUGGGUCAGGUGAGUUCAAAGGCAAACAUUUUAUUGUUGUGGUGUUGAAGGAUGCUAUAAAAGAGAUUGGACAUGAAAAAGUUGUCCAAGUCAUCACUAAUAAUGCUAGUGUGAUGAAGUUUGCUAGAGCUCUUAUUGAAGGUGAGUAUCCCAAAAUAUUUUGGACAUCAUGUGCUGUCCACACUCUCAAUCUAGCUUUGAAGAAUAUUUGUGCAACAAAAAACACUGAAAAGAAUGAAGUUACAUAUGAGGAAUGUAGUUGGAUUACAAGUAUUGCUGAUGAUACAUCCUUUAUACGUGUUUUUAUGAUGAACCAUUCAAUGAGGCUGGCAAUGUUUAAUGAAUUUUGUCUAUUAAAAUUGCUCCAAGUUGCUGAUAUUAGAUUUGCUUCGAUUGUUAUAAUGCUAAAAAGGUUGAAGUUGAUAAAAAGAUGCCUUCAAGCCAUGGCUAUUAGUGACCAAUGGGCGUUUUAUAGGAAGGAUGAUGUUGGAAAAGAUCAAGAGGUGAAAGAAAUGAUUUUAAGUGAUCGUUGGUGGGAUGUUGUUGAUUAUAUCCUUGAAUUCACAGCACCUAUUUAUGAUAUGCUACGAGUAGCUGACACAGAUAGGCCUUGUCUUCAUCUUGUGUAUGAAAUGUGA